AUGUUCUCCAUGGUGAUAUUGUGUAUAAUACUACUAUUAUUGCUGCUAUAUCUUGGCUUGCAGAAACCAAAAGGAUAUCCUCCAGGUCCAAAAUGGUGGCCAAUUUUGGGCUGUGCCUUAGAAUUUUCUCAUUUACGCAAAAAAAAUCAUUAUUUAUUCAAAACUUUUUCUGUUUUGAGCAAGAAAUAUGGACCAAUAAUCGGAAUGAAAAUUGGAAUAAAUCAUGUUGUGGUAUUAAAUGAAUAUGAGAGCAUAAAAUCGAUGCUCUCUAAUGAAGAUUGCGAUGGAAGACCAUUUGGUAUAUUAUAUGACAAAAGAACAGGCGGCAUUAAUAGAGGAUUACUUCUCGUUGAUGGUAAUUUAUGGACUGAACAAAGAAGAUUCGUAUUGAAACAUCUCCGUGAUUUCGGCUUUGGUCGACAAAGUAUGAUGUCAAUAAUAAUAGAGGAGAGUCAAUCACUCGUUGAAUAUAUCAAAAAAUUAAUCAAUGAUGAGCAUAAUAUCCAAAUUAACAAAUCUAAAAUAUAUUAUAAUAAUAAUGAGUUUAAUGAUGGACAAAUAUAUAAAUUAGUUAAAAAAAACAAAAAAGAUAAGACAAAGUUAAUAAACAAUUACAUAAUCAAUGAAAAAGAAUUAAAAGCUUCAGAUUUAUACAUGAAUGCUAAUGAAUAUACAAGAAAUAAUAUGACUCAACCUGGAACGAUAAUUUCAAUGCAUAACAUUUUUGGAAUCACUGUGCUUAAUUCAUUGUGGAAAAUGUUAGCUGGUAAAAGGUACAAUAUUGAUGAUAAGGAGUUAAUUUAUUUUCAACGGAUUCUGUCAAUAAUUCUUAAUGAAAUUGAUAUGUUAGGCGCACCAUUUAGUCAUUUUCCCUUAUUGAGAUUCAUUGCACCAGAAAUAUCUGGGUACAAAUCAUUUGUAAAAAUUCAUGAAGAACUUUGGAAAUUUUUCAAAGAUGAAGUGAAUAAUCAUAAAAAUACUUUUAAUUCGGACUCACCUGGAAAUUUAAUAGAUAUAUAUCUAACUGUUUUGAAUUCUGAAAAUUAUGGCAAAACAUUUUCAGAGCCUCAAUUGGUAGCCAUUUGUGUGGAUUUAUUCAUGGCAGGUUCAGAAACUACAUCUAAAGUUCUUGGUUUUUGUUUCUUGUAUUUAGUUCUGUUUCCACAUGUCCAGAAGAAAGCACACGAAGAAAUAGACAGAGUAAUUGGACGCAAUAAACUUCCAACUGCGGAAGACAAAGCAAAAAUGACAUAUAUGAAUGCUAUUGUCUUAGAAUCUUUAAGGAUGUUUGUAGGCCGAUCCUUGAAUUUACCACAUAGAGUACAAAAAGAUACUACAAUAUCAGGUUACAAAAUACCAAAAAAUACAACAAUUAUAACAAAUUUCAAUGGAAUAUUAAUGGAUGAAUCAUGGGGUGAUCCCGAAAACUUUCGACCAGAAAGAUUCAUAGAUGAAAGUGGUAACAUUGUUACACCAUCUAAAUUUCUUCCAUUUAGUGCAGGAAAACAUCGCUGUAUGGGGGAAAAUUUAGCAAAAACCAACAUAUUUGUUAUAGCUACUACAUUGUUGCAAGCAUUCACAUUUUCCGAAAUACCUGAGGAGAAACCAACGAUAGAACAUUUUAUUGAUGGAACUACUAUUAGUCCUAAGCCAUACAGAGUAAUUGUUUCGUUAAGAAUAUAAUUAUUUCCACAAAUAGAAUAAUUUUUAUAAAAAGAUAAUUAAUUUUUAAUUGAUUUAAUCUGUAUGUAGUAUGCGUAAUUAUUAUUAAAAAAUUAUUAUAAUUUCU